ACAGACGGCACGCCGGAAGUUGACGUUGAGGAAACGAAGUAUGUUCUAUACGGUGUUGAAGACGUUCCUUCCCCUCCGGUGUGUUUUAUCUUUGGCUUACAGCAAGCUAUAAUGUGCAUUGGAGGGACUUUAUCUUUGCCAUACCUAAUACCAGAAUAUAUCUGUGCCGAAGGGAACUAUGACGUCACAGCCAAGCUGAUGAGUAUAACUCUGUUCAUGUGUGGUGUGGCAACAAUUCUUCAGACAUUAUUUGGUAUCAGAUUGGGCAUUGUGCAAGGAGGUUCAAAUUUAUACAUUUUACCAAUCGUUGCAAUGAUGUCUUCAGACAGAUGGAAGUGUCCUAAUUCAGAAGACAGAAGUCUCCAGAACAGCACAAUUACCGGAGACGAAGAUGAAGUCUGGCAGCUUAGAAUGAGAGAAAUCCAGGGUAAUCUUAUCGUCGCUUCUAUCACUCAAGUUAUACUGGGGUGUACGGGUAUAAUUGGCAUCUUACUGAGAUUUGUGGGCCCACUCACAAUAGCUCCAACAAUCACCCUCAUUGGUCCAGUACUUAUUGGUGUUCUGAUAGAUCUGAACAACAAACACUGGGGCGUGGCAUUUCUGGCCAUGGGUUUAACACUACUUUUCAGCGGAUACCUUGCCAACUUAAAACCACCCUUUCCGGCAUGGACCAUUGACCGCCAUUGUCAUAUAACAAAAUUCCCAAUAUUUCAGUUGUUUUCGGUAUUACUAAGUUUAGGAAUUGGAUGGUUCUUCUGCUAUACACUGACCGUAUCGGAUGUGUUUGCAGACAAUAUUACGGACGUUAAUUACAUGGUUCGGACAGAUGCUAAACUUGAUGCUGUACACCGCGCACCUUGGUUUUAUUGGCCAUAUCCUUUCCAGUUUGGUAUACCGACUGUAAGUUCUGUUGGUUAUGUCGGGUUUCUGAUCGUGACUUUGGUUUCGGUUCUUGAAUCGGUUUGCGAUUAUCAUGCAGCAGCCCGGAUGUCGGGAGUUCCUCCCCCUCCCCCUCAUGCAGUUAACCGCGGAAUAGCUAUGGAGGGUUUUGCCAGUAUUAUUUCCGGUAUGGUUGGUGCUGGACAUGCUACCACUUCUUACAGUCAUAACAUAGGUGCUAUCGGAAUCACAAAG